AUGUUUCAGUGGAUCGUAAUUGGCGUUCCCAAGACUUCCCCUUCAACGUCUUCGAAUCGUUACGAUGGGGAAUGGGGUAAUCGAUCGCCGCGUCGUGGAUCUGAUCAAAAUCGAGAUAGAUAUGGAUCAGGGCGAAGCAAAGCAAGCAGACGUCGCGAUCAUCCUGACCGUCCUGCAUUGCCAGAAGAGGAUCACUAUGAUGAUUCAAGAGCAAACAGAAACAGUCGCGAUUACCGUUCGAAGGAUUAUGAGGCUCAUCAGAAUCAGAUGGUAGCAAGAGGUCAAUUUAGUGGUAGAGAUACGAAAGCUUCUGGUUCACGCGGGGAAAUGGGUAUUUCGACGAAUAGGGCCAGACGUGCCGAUCAACGAUUUGACAGUUCUGAAGUGAAAACACGAAAUGCAGACGACCAGUGGAGGAAAACCACCGAGAAAUCGCAAGCACAUUCACCGACGAGGAUUCGUGCAGAUGGAUGGAGAUCG